UAUGAUGUAAAACUUAUUUUUAAUUGUAGCUAAAUGCCAGAAUCAUAAUUGGGAUCAGUUAGGAUGAGACCCUCGUAAAUUCAAAUAGAAGACGAUUAACAAGUGUCAACUAGAAGAAGAAAUUUUUUAUCUCCAACAUUUAGUUAAAACCUACCCCUUUUUAGAGAAUUGUAUGAAGUAUUUAAAUAACAAUAGAUAAUCAAGAUAAGUAUAAAAUAGGGAACAAGAUUAUUCAAACAGCAUUAUUACUCUUACAGAUGACAAGGUAUUCAAAAUACAAAUUAGGUAAUCUCUUGUCAUGCUUAAAUGAUCAAGUCUCUUAUGUUCAAUCUAUUUCUAUAAGCUUUCUUUGUUAAUUAUUUUACUUAUAUGCAUUGGAAAUAUAGUCAUCGAUAUGUGCUCUUAUAAUUGUGGAUAUAGGACUUAAUAACAAUUUUUAUUCUGAUAUACUAUAACUAUAGAAAAGGAGAUGAUUGCAUUUGGUAACUCAUAGAAACCAUGUUUUUAUUCUUCUUUAAAGUAUGCAUCAAUUUUUUAAUAGAUAUUCAUUGUAUUUUAUUAUGAAGUCUAAGAAUUCAAAAUCUAUUUCAUCACUAUUAUGAUGUUAGCAGUUUCAUCUUUACUCCUAAUUAUGAAACUGGUUUAAAAAAUCAAAGCACCAACAAAGACUAGUACUGCAUUAGUAAAAUAAUUAUAUAUAUUGAGAUAUUAUAAUUCCUAAAAAGUAUGUGUUGUCUCCAACUUUUGUUAAUUACACUUAAAUGGGAAUCAAAGAUUUCUUGGUCUUGGAUCUAGAUCUUUCUCUUAUUAUGGGUUUUUCUUGUAGUUUGUGCAUUAUUAUUAUUCAUCUCAUUCGUCAGUUGCAUUGAAACAUUAGUUAACAUCAUCAAAAAAAAAUAGCAAUGUCAUUACUGUAUAUAUUUAAGUAUUUGUUAGUGGCAGGAAACUUAUGGAUAUUUAUAAUGCUCAUUGGAUUUACAUUGUUUCCUUUUUUGUUUAUUUUAAGAACAGCUGAAUUUUAUGAGGGUAAUCAAUUAAUUAGCCUUACUGAAACUGCUAAAUAUAUAGUAGUGAUCACAUUGUUUUCAUUAUUUCUUCUCAUUUUCACACUUUGUUUUUACAGAUAAAUUAAGUAAUAUUAUUCAAUAUUUUCUUAGAGCUUAUUUAAAAGAUGUUUAAGGAAUCUCAGAUUAGAAUGAUAUUGAUUAAUAAUAAACAGUACAAUCUCCAAAUUCAAGAUAACUUAAUUCUCCACACUAAACAAAGAAACUAGAAUUUGUGAAGUUAGGAAUCCCUUUAUAUCUGAUAAAAUUAUCUUGUACUUACUUUGCUGUUCUUGAUAAAGCUUCUUUUGAAUUCAAAAAAAGACAAAAAUCUCAUUAAGAUUUAGAAUCGGGUAGAUCUAAUCUAUAAGGUUCAACAAUGAGAGAAACUUGGAAAAAAAUACUCUAAAAGCCUGCAGCCAGUAAUUCCAUGAUUAUCAAUAAAAAAAAAGAUGAACUUGAUUUAGAUAUACAAAAACCUGCUAUUACUGAUAAUGGUAUUAAAUAAACCAUUUAAUUUAAGUAAAAGUAAAAAGAGAAGAAAUUCCAGUUACUGUUUCAAAAUAAGAAUAAGAAGAAGAACCAGUUCGGUCUAUCAAAUCUAUUAAAUCUGAUGGUGAAUCAAGUGAGAAUUAAGAAAAAUGUCUUGUUUGCUAUGAAAAUACUCCAAAUAUAGUUUUUGUACCAUGUCGUCAUGGAGGCAUCUGUUAACAGUGUGCUGAAGAUGUGAUAUAAAAAUCAAAUGAGUGCUAUUUAUGCAGAAAAGUAAGAAUUUUAAUAAAAACUUAGACUAUAAACCAAAUUUUGAAAGUAUAAAAAAAUGUUAAUAAAUAAUUGGAAGUCAAAGAGGCAUCAAUGUUGGGCUGA